AUACAAAUACGAGCGUCGCGGUGUUCUCGCGUUCAGUGCUCUGUGCGCGCGCGCUUGUAACACGUGCUUGUAAAAAUCGUGGCAUUUUAUAUUACUAUUAACCAAGAUGGCGGCUGACGUCGUCUUCUCCAACGACACAGGACAUGCAUACUCCGACUUCGUCACACAACAGCUGAGAGGAGUAGGAAGAAUGUUCUACCUACACUCACCGAAAGAACAGCUGUAUGAGAAACCAGAGGAUGUUCCUAAUUUCUUUAGACAGUCAUACCCGUACUUCCUAAUAUUCAUGAUCAUCGAGCACAUACUACUGCGGUUUGAAGGCAAGAAGGGUAUUCGUCUGAACGACGGCAUCACCAGCAUAUCACACGGGAUAUUCCAGGAGUGCGGCAGGCUGGUAUGGCGUGGUGCAGAAUCUUACCUCUACAUGUGGAUCUACUCCAACUACCGACUGGUAGACCUGCCUUGGGACAACACACUGACGUGGUACGCGGCGGCCAUCGGAGUCGACUUCCUGUACUAUUGGAUGCAUAGAGCUUGCCAUGAGGUGCACAUACUAUGGGCUCAGCAUCAAGUGCAUCACACGUCAGAAGACUUCAACAUGGGCGUCGGUAUACGACAGUCAGUGCUGCAAGGAUGGUGUGGAUUUAUCUUCUACCUGCCUCUGGCGCUGGCGAUACCACCAGCACAGUUCAUCAUGCAUCACCAGUUCAGUUACCUCUACAUGUUCUGGAUCCACACUGAGUCAAUCAAGAGCUUGGGACCUCUGGAGUACGUCCUCAACACGCCAGCUCACCACAGAGUCCAUCAUGGCAGCAACAAAUACUGCUUGGACGUGAACUACGGUGGUGUUCUCAUCAUCUGGGACCGGCUCUUUGGCACCUUCAGGCCUGAGGACGACAAGAUAGAGAUAGUAUAUGGACUGAUAUACAACAAACCGUCCUUCAACCCAUUGUAUCAACAGGCGUUCUACACGAGCUACGUGAUAGAGAAGUUCCAGACGAUGAAGACCUGGGGCGACAAGUUCAGGGCGGUGUUCUGGGGACCCAGCUGGGAGCCGGGGACGUCCAGAUUGGGAGAUGAACUGCUGAAAGAUGAUGUGCAAGUCCGUGACCGUUUCCACGUGCAGCUCCCGACCUGGUGCAACGUGUACAUCGUAUGCCACUACGCCAUCAUACUGUAUGGGUUCAUGGAGCUGGCUUCCAAGCAUAUGGGUAUGACGCCGCUGACGGUCCUCAUUUUCGUGUCCUACAUCAUCGCCUCUCUCACUGUUAUCGGGAUGUUGUUCGACAACUCCAAGUAUGCUCCCCUGCUGGAGGUCCUCCGCUGCUCAGCCCUGGCCUUCCUCACGAGAAGCCUGUCCACCAUCAGCCCAAUAACGACAGCCCUACAAGUAUUCUACGUCAUCUCAGCUAUGUUCUGGUGCCUGCACACCAUGAAGCUACUGGAGAUCAAGAAGAAAGUGGAGUGAUGCAUUUAUUUAGCUUAAUUUUUGACUGAGAGCUAGGCUAGAUUUUUUGUUGUUUUGUAUGUGUUUCCGUUUUAUUCUCGCCU